AUGGAUGAACGCUUCUCCCUCUCUAUCAUGGAUGCCAUGGUUGCCCUUAGUUUGAAGAUGUAAUCCUGAGACAGGUGUUUUAUACAACAGCCUUCUGUGUUUUCUUUUCAACUCUCUCCGCAUUUGGCAAUCAUCUCUCUGCUUCCACCAGGCAUUCCACUGAUUUCAAAAACUUGGUCAACUUCUUCCGUGACAACAACACUGUUGAUCGCCGUUUCUUCCCCGUCACUGUCAUCAGACGACGACUACAAUGUCUGGUUCAAUGAAAAUGUUUUUACCUAAAUCAGGGAUUUCCUCAUUGUCUGAUUCAUUUUCAGAGUCUGAGAGAGUCAGCAUGGCACAAUCGUCCUCCAGAAAGUAGUCCAUCACAACUUUUUCCCACUGAUCUUUGUCGAUAGCGCCUGUUAACUUAAUGGCAGCAAUGUUGAGUGCGGUAGCAAAACAAUGUCAUAUCUUCAUGAUAUCUUUCAAAACAAGCCGCGGUAGAAAGGAAUAUCUACACAUACUGAGCAGCUCAUGUUAUAGACAGAAGCAUGCCACGUGGCAGACCAAUCCAAACACAUCUCUCGGCUUGUCCAGCCCAUCCAUUAUCUCAGCCAAUCAUGGCUAGCGGGAAGGUUCCUGUCUUUUUCCGUGGCUAAACCAACUAGCCUCGUAAUCUAACAAUUGUAUUCAUAUUUACAGAUGGCAGACAACAGAGUUCCUCAACUGGCCGAAUAUGGCCCGUUGGUGGUUUUAUUUGGCCCCCAAGUUGUCUGAGCAAGAAAAAAAGUUUUUUUUCCUCUCAUUUUUUGUGUGUUUUUUUUUUGUUGUACCAGGAAAUCAGCUUCAAGUCAUUUUUAUUUUGGAAAUCUGUUCCUAAGUAUUCCCACGCAUAAUAGAGAAACGUGAAUGUAUAUAAAUAUUAAUAAUUAAUCAUAAUUGAUUGGAUUUUCUAGCACUUUUCUACUAACUGAGGUACUCAAAGCGCUUUACAUAGUAGGAGGAAAUUCACCUCAUCCACCAUCAAUGUGUAGCACCCACCUCAGUGAUGCACGGCGACCAUUUUUGUGCCAGAACGCUCAACACACAUCAGCUACAGUUGAAGUCGGAAGUUUACAUACACCUUAGCCAAAUACAUUUAAACUCAGUUUUUCACAAUUCCUGACAUUUAAUCCUAGUAAAAAUUCCCUGUCUUAGGUUAGUUAGGAUCACCACUUUAUUUUAAGAAUGUGAAAUGUCAGAAUAAUAGUAGAGAGAAUUAUUUAUUUAAUAUUUUAUUUCUUUCAUCACAUUCCCAGUGGGUCAGAAGUUUCCAUACACUCAAUUAGUAUUUGGUAUCAUUGCCUUUAAAUUGUUUAACUUGGGUCAAACGUUUCGGGUAGCCUUCCACAAGCUUCCCACAAUAAAUUGGGUGAAUUUUGGCCCAUUCCUCCUGACAGAGCUGGUGUAACUGAGUCAGGUUUGUAGGCCUCCUUGCUCGCACAUGCUUUUUCAGUUCUGCCCACACAUUUUCUAUAGGAUUGAGGUCAGGGCUUUGUGAUGGCCAUUCCAAUACCUUGACUUUGUUGUCCUUAAGCCAUUUUGCCACAACUUUGGAAGUAUGCUUGUGGUCAUUGUCCAUUUGGAAUACCCAUUUGCGACCAAGCUUUAACUUCCUGACUGAUGUCUUGAGAUGUUGCUAUCCACAUCAUUUUCCUUCCUCAUGAUGCCAUCUAUUUUGUGAAGUGCACCAGUCCCUCCUGCAGCAAAGCACCCCCACAGCAUGAUGCUGCUACCCCCGUGCUUCACGGUUGGGAUGGUGUUCUUCGGCUUGCAAGGCACCCCCUUUUUCUUCCAAACAUAAUGAUGGUCAUUAUGGCCAAACAGUUCCAUUUUUGUUUCAUUAGACCAGAGGACAUUUCUCCAAAAAGUGCGAUCUUUGUCCCCAUGUGCAGUUGAAAACCGUAGUCUGGCUUUUUUUAUGGCGGUUUUGGAGCAGUGGCUUCUACUUGCUGAGCGGCCUUUCAUGUUAUGUCGAUAUAGGACUCUUUUACCAGCAUCUUCACAAGGUCCUUUGCUCUUGUUCUGGGAUUGAUUUACACUUUUCGCACCAAAGUACGUUAAUCUCUAGGAGACAGAAUGCGUCUCCUUCCUGAGCGGUAUGACGGCUGCGUGGUCCCAUGGUGUUUAUACUUGCGUACUAUUAUUUGUACAGAUGAAUGUGGUACCUUCAGGCGUUUGGAAAUUGGUCCCAAUGAUGAACCAGACUUGUGGAGGUCUACACAUUUUUUUCUGUGGUCUUGGCUGAUUUAUUUGGAUUUUCCCAUGAUGUCAAGCAAAGAGGCACUGAGUUUGAAGGUAGGCCUUGAAAUACAUCCACAGGUACACCUCCAUUUUGACUCAAAUGAUGUCAAUUAGCCUGUCAGAAGCUUCUAAAGCCAUGACAUCAUUUUCUUGAAUUUUCCAAGCUGUUUAAAGGCACAGUCAACUUAGUGUAUGUCAACUUCUGACCCACUGGAAUUGUGAUACAGUGAAUUAUAAGUGAAAUAAUCUGUCUGUAAACAAUUGUUGGAAAAAUUACUUGUGUCAUGCACAAAGUAGAUGUCCUAACCGACUUGCUAAAACUAUAGUUUGUUAACAAGAAAUUUGUGGAGUGGUUGAAAAACGAGUUUUAAUGACUCCAACCUAAAUGUAUGUAAACUUCCGACUUCAACAGGUGGAGAGGUGAGGAGUGAUAUAUGCCAAUUAGGAAUGAUAGGCAUGAUUAGGUGGUCAUGAUGGAAUGUGUCCAGGUUGGGAAUUUAGCCAUGACACCUGGGUGAACACCCCUACUCUUACAACAAGUGCCAUGGGAAUUUGAAUGGCCACAGAGUCAGGACACCCGUUUUAACGUCCCAUCCGAUAGACAGCACCCUAAGCAGGGCAAUGUCCCCAAAUGUAAUCAAGGUUUGUAAUGAUUAUGUUUUUGUUCAAUAUUAUAUCUGUUUGGGCUUCUUGCGGUCAAUUUGCAGUCAACAUUUUUUUAUUAUUAUGUUCCGGCCCCACGACCAUCCGCUCAAGAAAAUAUUGGCCCGCGGCUGAAUCUAGUUGAUGAUCCCUGGCAUACACGUUUGUUAUUAAGGCACAUGAAAGUUCACAUGUUCCAGAAGGCAUUUCUGCCAAAAAAACCACAUUUGGAUAAUUAAAAAAUAAAACGUUCAAAUUCCUCUCAUGUAAAGUAGUGACGUGCGACAUAUGCCUAGCUUCUUGAAACGGGUCACAUAUUGGUAGAUGGGUAAAAACUAUCCCUUUGAGUAUGGUGAACUUAUUAACCUCUUAAGGAUCGGACCCUUUUUUUCAAUUUUCGCCUAAAUGACAUACCCAAAUCUAAACUGCCUGUAGCUCAGGACCUGAAGCAAGGAUAUGCAUAUUCUAGAUACCAUUUGAAAGGAAACACUUUGAAGUUUGUGGAAAUGUGAAAGUAAUGUAGGAGAAUAUAACACAUUAGAUCUGGUAAAAGAUAAUACAAACAUAAAAACAUUUUUUUUGUCCCAUCAUCUUUGAAAUGCAAGAGAAAGGCCACAAUAUAACGUUGCAGUUUAGGCGCAAUUUGGAUUCUGGCCACUAGAUGGCAGCAGUGUGUGUGCAAAGUUUCAGAUUGAUCCAGUGAAGCAUUGCAAUACUGGACUAUUUUGUACCAAGUCUGCCCAAAUGUGCCGAAUUGGUCAAUUGAUACAUUUUCAAGUACAUAACUAUAGAGAACAUACAAAAAUUAUAUGGUAAUACAAAAUGUAAGUUUACACACUCCCUGGAAUGUCAUACAUGAUGGAUCAUUAGCUUAUACACUAACUUUCACACAUCUAGCAGGGGUUCAAACUUUAGAACCCAGUUCCUACAUUUGAAUACAGAAAUUGAUUUUAUCAAACAAAACUAUGCUACAUUUUAUCUCUGGGACCCUUAGGAUGACAAAUCAGAGCAAGAUUACUGAAUGUAAGUACAUUCACCUCUGUAGGUAAAUAAUGUAUCAAACCAGUUGCCGUGAUAAGUAUUUUGUGGUUGUGCACUCUCCUCAAACAAUAACAUGGUAUUAUUUCACUGUAAUAGCUACUGUAAAUUGGACUUUUUCUGCCCAUAUAAGACAUGUCUAUGUCCUGGAAAGUGUGUUGUUACUUACAACAGUCAUGCUAAUCACAUUAGCGCACGUUAGCUCAACCGUCCCGUAUAAGGGACACCGAUCCCGUAGAGGUUAAUGACACUUUGCAUGGUGUAUCAAUACACCCAGUCACUACAAAGAUACAGGCGUCCUUUCUAACUCAGUUGCCGGAGAGGAAUGAAACCAUUUCACCAUGAGGCCAAUGGUGACUUUAAAACAGUUAGAGUUUAAUGGCUGUGAAAGGAGAAAACUGAGGAUGGAUCAACAACAUUGUAAUAAUACUAACUUAAAUGACAGAGUGAAAAGAAGGAAGCCUGUACAGAGUAAAACAUAUUCCAAAAUGUGCAUCCUGUUUGCAAUAAAGCACUAAAGUAAAACUGCAAAAAAUGUGGCAAAGAAAUGAACUUUAUGGAACUUUAUGUUUUGGCAAAUCCAACACAACACAUCACUGAGUACCUCUCUUAAUAUUUUCAAUCAUGGUGGUGGCUGAAUUAUGUUAUGGGUAUGCUUGUCAUCGGCAAGGGAGUUUUUUAAGCAUACAAAUAAAUGGAAUAGAACUCCUGGUUCAGUCUGCUUUCCAACAGACACUGGGAGAACAAUUCACCUUUCAGCAGGACAAUAACCUAAAACACAAGGCCAAAUAUACACUGGAGUUGCUUACCAAGAUGACAUUGAAUGUUCCUGAGUGGCCUAGUUAUAUUUUUGACUUACAUCUGCUUGAAAAGCUAUGGCAAGACUUAAAAAUGGCUGUCUAGCAAUGAUCAACAACCAACUUGACAGAGCUUGAAGAAUUGUGUGGUCUGUUGUGGAAAUUCUAACCAGGAAGGAGAGACUUUGUUAUUUCUUCAAACAAUCAACCUUUAUUUAAAAAUAAUUGUAAUAAUGAAGCUGGUCAACCCCACACUCUGAAGUAUAAGGCUGAGAGCUCAAUAAUACAGAAAAUACAGAGGUCUUAUAUAGUAGACCUAAAAAUUUUUAGUCAUGGCUGGUUCCACCCCUCCCUGGCUUAGUUUCUCAGAAGCAAAGAUGAUUCAAAACAAUAACAGGUUUGUUCUGUUUCUCAAGCUAUCUCUAUCUCAAGUGGCACCAUGUCCUUGACCAUAUGCCCAGACCAGCUGCGGGGAGCUAAGGGGGGAACCAUCCUUUUGCAAAAGCACAGCAGUGGUAGUUAUGAAAAUUAUGUUAUCAUGGGUAAGAGAUCUCUUACUGUUGCCAAGCACAUAGUUGUUAACUAUCAAUAUUCAUACAGAUAAUAAUCAACAAAGCAGGUAAAUACGUAAUUUUUCCCUCACAGGUCUGAGGCGUGCAUUCGAUUACGAGCGUUUUCAAGUGCAACGUUAAUAAUGAUGGUUUUGGGAAUCAGAUCAGAGAUUUAACGAUGCUUCUACGAAGGUUCUAACGAUGAACUCAGCCUUAAGAUGCUUUUGGGGAAACCGGCCCCAGGUCAUUCCUGUGUGAUCUCAGAUUUGUACCAUUCUGCACUUGUAAAACUGCACAGCUGUCUUGUACACUUUGUCUGGACUGUAUGAAUAUUCACUCAGAAGAAGAAGAACAAAAACAGGGACUAUAGUAUACCGAGGAAGAGAAUCCCCCUGCCCAGACCAGUACCUCCCCCAUCCCCCUCUUCCACAUCUGGGCUAAUCAGCCACAUUAGUCCAGGGUGCCACCUGUACAACCACCUGUUUGUACCCAGGCCACCAGGUCUACAGCCCAUUGGCUGCCUCAGUAUUCCACACAGCACCUGUUCACCAGCCUGAGAGAGAAAGACCCUCUCUCUAUCCCUCAUUUCCCCUUCCCCAUAGACCUAGAGCAGUACAGCAAAAUCAAUACAAAUAAAGCCUCAACCAUCAAUGAAAAAUGAGAGGGACCUUUAAGAGUGCCAAAGCUAUUUCUUCAGCUAUUAUAUUUGACUUCAUAACAAUUGGACAGGGCUGAUUUAAAUAUCAUGUUAUUUAUAGACUUUGAUAUUUAAAACACUUUGAAAUGCCAGUUAGGCUUGGCUCGCUUAACUGCUGCUCACACGGACAGAAUGUGAGCAUUUUUUUAAAUUUAUUAUUGAGAUUGUUUUGUGAGUGAGAGUUGGAACCUUGAACGACUUGCCUCCAGGGAAUAGACAAGUGAAAGACGAUAAUCCCUUCUGAGAGGGUCAAGGGGUAUAAGUAUACGUUCGUGAUGAACAGUCCUUCUUACAAUUCCAUUUUCCAUCCGCUUUGUGUUGACCCUUAACCUCUAACCUCUCCCCUCUAUCCAGGUGAACGCCCCAGCUCCGGUGCGGCCGGGGGCAGUGGAGCAGUACAAGAGGGCGUUUGCCCGUCAGCGAGCUCGUGACCUGGCGCAGCAUGCUGAUACACUGCUCUACAAGGACAAGGAGAUUGCCGCCCUGCAUCAUGAGUGUAGGCAGCUGGAGACCCGUCUGGGCACGGCCAAGGUACCCAACACCAUAGAAAUAGAAUCGGAAUACCCAUUCUAGUAUCUGUACUUCUAUACCCAAUUCAGCCCCAGAACACUCUUUCAAGACCAAUCUAAUGUUUGUGUUCGAGAUCGACUACUUUGCAGUCUGACUGCGCAGAAUCACUGAUCUAACAAUCAACUUGGCUUGCAUCCCCUCAAACGCGCUGAACAUUUAAAUAAUAACCUAUUAUGUAACACUAGCAGUCUGCCCACUAAAGGCUCACUGUAUCAUUCACUGUAGUCAGUCCUAUUCACUGAUCUCAUCAAAGGACUAAAAUGCCUCAGGUUUGCCCUCUGCUGGUCUGUUUGGACACUGCUCUGGAUAACCCUCUCUAAGCCUGAACUUGUGAUUGAGCUGUACUGAUGCAGAUGUGUAGAUAGGGAGACCACCCUCUCCUAAUGGCUGUGAACUAAGAGCUCAUUUACUUGGUCUGAAUAUCUGCUGGGAGUACUACUACUGAGGGAAUCCCAGGAUGAGCUGUGGACUGAGUUGAUGGUGAUGAUCAGUGGCGGACUUACCAUUAGACAGAAAAGGCAAUUGCAUCAAGCUUCACAUCUACAUCAUCCAUAGAGUACGACCUUUCCUCACAAAGGAAGCAGUGCAGGUCCUAAUCCAGGCACUUGUCAUCUCCCGUCUAGACUACUGCAACUCUCUUUUGGCUGGGCUCCCCACUUGUGCCAUCAAACCCCUGCAACAUAUCCAAAAUGCGGCAGCCCGCAUGGUGUUCAACCUUCCUAAGUUCUUCCGUGUCACCCCGCUCCUCCGCACCCUCCUCUGGCUUCCAGUCGAAGCUCAUAUCAUCUUCAAGACCCAGGUGGUUGCCUACAGCACAGCAAGAGGAACUGCCCCUCCCUGCCUUCAGGCGAUCCUCAAACCCUACACCCCAACCCGAGCACUCCGUUCCGCCACCUCUGGUCUCUUGGCCCUCCCACCCCUACGGGAGGGCAGUUCCCGCUCAGCCCAGUCCAAGCUCUUCUCUGUCCUGGCACCCCAAUGGUGGAACAAGCUUCCCCCUAAAGUCAGGAAAGCGGAAUCCCUGCCCGUCUUUCGAAAACAUCUGAAACCUUACCUCUUUGAAGAGUAUUUUAAAUAACUCUCACAGCGUCUCCACUUGAGGUCCCCCCAUGCUCCACUCGAGGCCCCCCAACCCCCCCGACAAACGACCCGCUAUCGUGGGCUGCUGGGAGUGGGGGUUUGCCUGGCCACUGUGCCCAGGUUAAUGAGGCCACAUUGUUGACAAAAAAGGCCCCCCAAAAAGUAAAUGAAUCCAUACAGCCAAAUAAUAAUUCACCAUAGAUCAAUAAUUUUUUCCAUACAUAUAUUUCAUAUCAAUAUUAAUAUAAUCCAGGUUUUUCUCAUAAUAGUAGAAACAAGUGUCAUUAAUCACCCAUUGACUGGUUCAUAAUAAUGGACUAUUCCACCUUGACAGAGUCCCUGUGCAUUGUUUCACGCGAUAUGAUUACAAAUGUGACUUUCAUUGAAAUUAAGCUACAGCAAUGAGGCGCUUUCAGAGCGUGGCAGAGAAAAUGCAUUUUUACCGAAGUUAACAGUUCUUUAGUAAAAAGACAGGUGCUGCUGAUAAUACUGACGUUGUCAUUGAGGCAGAGGACAUGUAUGUUUAGUCCAUGUAUCUCAUACUGUCUGACCAAAAAGAGUAUGGCAUGUCAUAUUCUUUUUGGCCAGACAGUAUCAGAUAUAUGGGCUACAUAUAGCAAGACAGAGGGGCGCUGUUUCGCUCGCAUGCUUUCUCUGGUGAGAUAGUUUCAGCCACUUGCGAAUUGAAGGAAAGUUGGCGGGUGCACGUUGCACUGUUAGGAUGCUGGAAUUACUUUGGAUGAACGUGCGAAGGUAGCCUACUUUUUGAAAUUUGUUUGUUAAUCAGAUGAAAGCAUCAUGACUGGUUGUGUUCAUGGCACAUUAAAAGGUAAUCAAUUGUUACAGUUAAAUGACAUGGAAAACUCAGAGUGGCCUCUGCCUGGGGCCUCCAAAUCACUAAGUGCUCCCCUUGUGAUGAUAAUACUGAGGAUGAUGAUGGGAGUGUCAGUAUGUAAACCAGUGUAUAACCUCACCAGAGCCUGAUGCAUCACUUUAUAAUAAUGUGACUAAGACAAGAGGGAGAGCGACAUUGUUUUCCCAGCCUGAGAGGAAAAGUCCUCAAGCAUUACGAGGAAAUAUUUCACAUUGACCCAGGAAUCUCCUCACGCCUUCCUCUUAAAAUUUCUUGAAGUAUUUUUUAUCUUUGUAUGUUGAAAUAUCUUUGACCUCUGUGUGUGUGUUGCAGGGCUCCCCGGUCCCGUCGGGCGUGGUAGAGUUUGAGAGGCUGCUGAGGGAGUCCCAGAAGGAGGUGCUGAGGCUACAGAGACAACUGUCAGUCUCCUCCUCCAGAGUCACCUCCUCUAAGGAGACCUCCUGCAGGGAGCACAAUGGCCACGACAGGCCCUGCACACCAGAGGAGGAGAGGGAAGAGAAUGUAAGGAUUGGAACUAUUUCAUAAUAUUUUUUUAUUUUACCUUUAUUUAACUAGGCAAGUCAGUUAAGAACAAAUUCUUAUUUACAAUGACGGCCUACCCCGGCCAAACCCGGACGACGCUGGGCUAAUUGUGUGCCGCCCUAUGGGACUCCCAACCAUAGGCGGAUUGUGAUACAGCCUGGAAUCAAACCAGGGUCUGUAGUGACGCCUCCAGCACUGAGAUGCAGUGCCUUAGACCGCUGCGCCAAUAUAUGCCAUUUAGCAGACGCUUUUAUCCAAAGCGACUCACAGUCAUACGUGCAUACAUGCCCAGCUCCAACACUGCCCCCUGUUGAUGAUAAAGAGCACUACAUCAUAUCAGAGUGGUAUAGGAACAGAAGUCUUUUUGCACUGUUAAAAGGCAAACUCAAAGCAACAGACCUGGGUUCAAAAACGUUUUGAAUUAAUUUUGAAUGCUUUAGCUGUGCUUGAUUGAGCUUGCCUGUUGUGAUGUAACCAAUAGAAAACUCUUAAAUGUGCAAUCCAUACCCACCUGGCACCAGAGAUACUUUUGAGGAGAUGGGAAACUCCAUUCGAAUCAUAUUAACGCCCACCGUGUACUUUGCCCGUACGUUGUCAAUGGGCCACGCGGUGCAUUCUGGGUACACUCCGACAAGGAGAUCUCUCCUUCAAGGCGUCAAUGGGAGUCAAUUGGGCGCUAGCACAAAAACCCAACAUGAGCACAAAUUACGUGAACAAGAAGCUCAACAUUACAAAUAUUUUCCAGGAUUUGAGGUAAUUAUUUUUCUCGACUCAUACCCUGACUUUUAGAAAGGAUUGCGUGAUGAUUAGCUUAGCAGCCGUGUGAUGCAGCAUGACAAUGCAAAGGCGAUUGGUGGACAGUCUGCUGGGCAGAGCGUAAUACUUUUCUCCAUUCAUUUACCGCUGGGAUUCUUAACUCCUCCUUUUCUAAUAUCUCUGCUGGCACUUCAGGCAGGCUAAAGCAAAUUAUGAAAUUAUUAGUCAUAUUUAAAAUGGUAUAUUCCCACCUUGUAUUAGUCAUUAUGAUCUUAUAAAAACAUUAGUACAAAUCAAAUCAAAUUGGAUUUGUCACAUGCGCCGAAUACAACCUUACCAUGAAAUGCUUACUUAGAAGCCCUUAACCAACAAUGCAGUUUUAAGAAAAUAGAGUUAAGAAAAUAUUUACUAAAUAAACUAAAGUAAAACAAAAAGUAAGACAAUAAAAUAACAAUAACAAGGCUAUAUACAGGGGGUACCGGUACCGAGUCAAUGUGCGGGAGUACAGGUUAGUCGAGGUAAUUUGUACAUGUAGGUAGGGGUAAAGUGACUAUGCAUAGAUAAUAAACAGCGAGUAGCAGCAGUGUAAAAACAAAGGGGGGGGUCAAUGCAAAUAAUCUGGGUGGCCAUUUCAUUAAUUGUUCAGCAGUCUUAUGGCUUGGGGGCAGGAGCUGUUAAGGAGCCUUUUGGAUCUAGACUUGGCGCUCCAGUAUCGCUUGCCAUGCGGUAGCAGAGAGAACGGUCUAUGACUUGGGUGACUGGAGUCUUUGAUAAUUUUUUGGGCCAUCCUCUGACAUCGCCUGGUAUAGAGGUCUUGGAUGGUGGGAAGCUUGUCCCCAGUGAUGGACUAAGCCGCACGCACUACCCUCUGUAGCGCCUUACGGUCGGAGGCCGAGCAGUUGCCAUACCAGGUGGUGAUGCAACCGGUCAAGAUGCUCUCGAUGAGAGGAUCUGGGGACCCAUGCCAAAUCUUUUCAGUCUCCUGAGAGGGAAAAGGUGUUGUCGUGCCCUCUUCACGACUUUCCUAGUAUGUUUGACCCAUGAUAGUUUGUUGUUGAUGUGGACACCAAAGAACUUGAAACUCUCGAACCGCUCCACUACAGCCCUGUCGAUGUGAAUGGGGGCGUGUUCGGCCCUCCUUUUCCUGUAGUCCACGAUCAUAUCCUUUGUCUUGGUCACGUUGAGGGAGAUGUUGUUGUCCUGGCACCACACGGCCAGGUCUCUGACCUCCUCCCUAUAGGCUGUCUCAUCGUUGUCGGUGAUCAGGCCUACUACUGUUGUGUCGUCAGCAGACUUAAUGAUGGUGUUGGAGUCGUGCUUGGCCACGCAGUCGUGGGUGAACAGAGAGUACAGGAGGGGACUAAGCACACACCCCUGAGGGGCCCCCGUGUUGAGGAUCAGCGUGGCAGAUGUGUUGUUGCCUACUCUUACCACCUGGGGGCGGCCCGUCAAGAAGUCCAGGAUCCAGUUGCAGAGGGAGGUGUUUAGUCCCAGGGUCCUUAGCUUAGUGAUGAGCUUUGUGGGCACUAUGGUGUUGAACGCUGAGCUGUAGUUAACGAACAGCAUUCUCACAUAGAUGUUCCAUUUGUCCAGGUGGGAAAGGGCAGUGUGGAGUGCGAUUGAGAUUGUGUCAUCUGUGGAUCUGUUAGGGCUAGGGCUGUUGCGGUGACUGUAUUACCGCCACACCGGCGGUCACGAUUCAUGAAGGCAGUAAAAUUCCACGUCACCGUUAGUCACGGUAAUUAGGCUUCUCCAAGCUCUGAUGCUGUUGAUGGUCAUUAGUAGCCUACCAAACUUGCUAACUGCCUGUCCCUCUAAUCACUCUGACAUAAAUGCAAAUGUAAUCGAAAAUCUAAUCAAACACUUAAUGAGAGCCCAUGAGCUCAUGUUGUGCAACAUUUCUAAAGGCUAUGAAAUUGCGCAGAGAAAACAGAGUGAUUGCCUCUAUUUAAAAGAGGAGGAUCCCAUAAGAUUUCUAUAGGCUAGGCCUACUGUAUUUAUUUCUCAACUUUCCUAAUAUUAAGCAAAUAUUAAGCACAUUGCUUAUCUUUACAACAGGAGUAUAGCCUACCUGGCUGUUAUGAAAAUGAACCACAGGAAAAACGUCCUCCAUUCACUAUUUAAGUGGAGAGAUGACAUGUAUUUUUUCCCCUGCCCUUGUUUCGAGACAGGUGCAUGAUAGUGGUCCAUUCUAAAUCAAAACGAAUUUCACACACAUAUUAUUUAGUAUAUGUAAAGACAUGAUUAAAUCAAGAAUAGUCUGUUGGGUGACAGUAUUAGCUUAUCACUUGUGAAUGAUAUAUUAUCACUUGUGAAUGAUGCCCAGCUUAAGGCAAGAAACAAAGCCUUUUUGUAAAUACUUUUUCGAAUCAAAGUCAUGCUUAUAGCCUACUGCCGUGUGUGCAUUGCUGCGCUUAUAAUGUGAAGAAAUAGCAUAAUAGUUUAUCAACAUAUUAAGCUAAACGUUCUGAUCUGUUGUGUCAGCCUCAUUACGUAAAAAAUGAUUUUUGAUGCUAGUAGUUGUAUUAAUUAAAGACUAUGUUUGGAAUAUUUAUUUCUCGCACAGAAUAGAAUAGGUCAACUUUUGUACUAUGGGGUAUAGUAGAUUGAUAUAGGCUAGUGUUUUUGCUGUUCGUUAGGCCUACUCAUCUUGUUGACUGACGAAAAGUAAAUGUGGACAGAUCUUCAAUAUGCACUUCGGAAUUGGAUAAGGACGCGCGCAGUUGCGUCCCCGAUGUGUCUGUCUUCACUUUUAGCCUGUGAGAAAGACCAGAUCACGUGAUGGAGAGCCAUGUGAGUGAGAAGUUCUUCGGAGCAGGCAGCACUCAGGGAGAAGGGCUGCAAAAGGCAUGGAUUUUUUUAGGUUGCAUUAUGGCCACACAAAGGGGUUGCCACAAGGAAAAUCGAAGCAUUAUUAAGUGCUUCUCAAAUUGUGAAUGAGAGACUGAUGAAGUGUGUACAACCUGCGCAAAAAAAACAAAGCAGAGCUCAUGCCAUUCAAGCGACAUUUUUCAAAUCAUCAUUAGAGUCGCAUCAUGCAGCCUUGCAAUGUAUUAAAAAUCUAAACAUACAGUGGGGAAAAAAAGUAUUUAGUCAGCCACCAAUUGUGCAAGUUCUCCCACUUAAAAAGAUGAGAGAGGCCUGUAAUUUUCAUCAUAGGUACACGUCAACUAUGACAGACAAAAUGAGAAAAAAAAAUCCAGAAAAUCACAUUGUAGGAUUUUUAAUGAAUUUAGUUGCAAAUUAUGGUGGAAAAUAAGUAUUUGGUCAAUAACAAAAGUUUCUCAAUACUUUGUUAUAUACCCUUUGUUGGAAAUGACACAGGUCAAACAUUUUCUGUAAGUCUUCACAAGGUUUUCACACACUGUUGCUGGUAUUUUGGCCCAUUCCUCCAUGCAGAUCUCCUCUAGAGCAGUGAUGUUUUGGGGCUGUCGCUGGGCAACAAGGACUUUCAACUCCCUCCAAAGAUUUUCUAUGGGGUUGAGAUCUGGAGACUGGCUAGGCCACUCCAGGACCUUGAAAUGGUUCUUACGAAGCCACUCCUUCAUUGCCCGGGCGGUGUGUUUGGGAUCAUUGUCAUGCUGAAAGACCCAGCCACGUUUCAUCUUCAAUGCCCUUGCUGAUGGAAGGAGGUUUUCACUCAAAAUCUCACGAUACAUGGCCCCAUUCAUUCUUUCCUUUACACGGAUCAGUCGUCCUGGUCCCUUUGCAGAAAAACAGCCCCAAAGCAUGAUGUUUCCACCCCCAUGCUUCACAGUAGGCAUGGUGUUCUUUGGAUGCAACUCAGCAUUCUUUGUCCUCCAAACACGACGAGUUGAGUUUUUACCAAAAAGUUAUAUUUUGGUUUCAUCUGACCAUAUGACAUUCUCCCAAUCGUCUUCUGGAUCAUCCAAAUGCACUCUAGCAAACUUCAGAUGGGCCUGGACAUGUACUGGCUUAAGCAGGGGGACACGUCUGGCACUGCAGCGUAGUGUGUUACUGAUGGUAGGCUUUGUUACUUUGGUCCCAGCUCUCUGCAGGUCAUUCACUAGGUCCCCCCGUGUGGUUCUGGGAUUUUUGCUCACCGUUCUUGUGAUCAUUUUGACCCCACGGGGUGAGAUUUACAUUUACAUUUACAUUUACAUUUUAGUCAUUUAGCAGACGCUCUUAACCAGAGCGACUUACAGGAGCAAUUAGGGUUAAGUGCCUUGCUCAAGGGCACAUUAACGUCAUUUAGCAGACGCUCUUAGCCAGAGCGACUCACAAAUUGGUGCGUUCACCCUAUAGCCAGUGGGAUAACCACUUUACAAUUUGGGGGGGGGGGGGGUUAGAAGGAAUACUUUAGCCUAUCCCAGGUAUUCCUUAAAGAGGUGGGGUUUCAAAUGUCUCCGGAAGGUGGUGAGUGACUCCGCUGUCCUGGCGUCGUGAGGGAGCUUGUUCCACCAUUGGGGUGCCAGAGCAGCGAACAGUUUUGACUGGGCUGAGGGGGAGCUGUGCUUCCGCAGAGGAAGGGGAGCCAGCAGGCCAGAGGUGGAUGAACGCAAUGUCCUCGUUUGGGUGUAGGGACUGAUCAGAGCCUGAAGGUACAGGGGUGCCGUUCCCCUCACUGCUCCAAAGGCAAGCACCAUGGUCUUGUAGCGGAUGCGAGCUUCAAUUGGAAGCCAGUGGAGUGUGCGGAGGAGGGGGGUGACGUGAGAGAACUUGGGAAGGUUGAACACCAGACGGGCUGCGGCAUUCUGGAUGAGUUGUAGGGGUUUAAUGGCACAGGCAGGGAGCCCAGCCAACAGCGAGUUGCAGUAGUCCAGACGGGAGAUGACAAGUGCCUGGACCAGGACCUGCGCCGCUUCCUGUGUAAGGCAGGGUCGCACUCUCCGAAUGUUGUAGAGCAUGAACCUGCAGGAGCGGGUCACCGCCUUGAUGUUGGCGGAGAACGACAGGGUGUUGUCCAGGGUCACGCCUAGGCUCUUCGCACUCUGGGAGGAGGACACAGCGGAGUUGUCUACCGUGAUGGCGAGAUCAUGGAACGGGCAGUCCUUCCCGGGGAGGAAGAGCAGCUCCGUCUUGCCAGGGUUCAGCUUGAGGUGGUGAUCCGUCAUCCAUACUGAUAUGUCUGCCAGACAUGCAGAGAUGCGAUUCGCCACCUGGUGAUCAGAAGGGGGAAAGGAGAAGAUUAGUUGUGUAUCGUCAGCGUAGCAAUGAUAGGAAAGGCCAUGUGAGGAUAUGACAGAGCCAAGUGACUUGGUGUAUAGGGAGAAAAGGAGAGGGCCCAAAACCGAUCCCUGGGGGACACCAGUGGUGAGAGCACGUGGUGCGGAGACAGCUUCCCGCCACGCCACUUGGUAGGAGCGACCGGUCAGGUAGGACGCAAUCCAGGAGUGAGCCGCGCCGGAGAUGCCCAUUUCGGAGAGGGUGGAGAGGAGGAUCUGAUGGUUCACAGUAUCAAAGGCAGCAGACAGAUCUAGAAGGACAAGAGCAGAGGAGAGAGAGUUAGCUUUAGCAGUGCGGAGAGUCUCUGUGACACAGAGAAGAGCAGUCUCAGUUGAAUGACCAGUCCUGAAACCUGAUUGGUUUGGAUCAAGAAGGUCAUUCUGAGAGAGAUAGCAAGAGAGUUGGCUAAAGACGGCACGCUCAAUAGUUUUGGAAAGAAAAGAAAGAAGGGAUACUGGUCUGUAGUUGUUGACAUCAGUGGGGUCGAGUGUUGGUUUUUUGAGAAGGGGAGUAACUCUCGCUCUCUUGAAGACGGAAGGGACAUGGCCAGCGGUCAAGGAUGAGUUGAUCAGCGAGGUGAGGUAGGGGAGAAGGUCACCGGAGAUGGUCUGGAGAAGGGAGGAGGGGAUGGGGUCAAGCGGGCAGGUUGUUGGGCGGCCUGCAGUCACAAGUCGCAGGAUCUUAUCUGGAGAGAGAGGGGAGAAAGAAGUCAAAGCAUAGGGUAGGGCAGUGUGAGCAGGACCAGCAGUGUCAUUAGGCUUAACAAACAAGGAUCGGAUGUCGUCAACCUUCUUUUCAAAGUGGUUGACGAAGUCAUCCACAGAGAGAGAGGAGGGGGGGAGGGGGGGGGGGAGGAUUCAGGAGGGAGGAAAAUGUGGCAAAGAGCUUCCUAGGGUUAGAGGCAGAUGCUUGGAAUUUAGAGUGGUAGAAGGUGGCCUUAGCAGCAGAAACAGAUGAAGAAAAUGUAGAGAGGAGGGAGUGAAAAGAUGCCAGGUCGGCAGGGAAUUUAGUUUUCUUCCAUUUCCGCUCCGCUGCCCGGAGCUCUGUUCUGUGAGCUCGCAAUGAGUCAUCAAGCCACGGAGCUGGAGGGGAGGACCGAGCCGGCCGUGAGGAUAGGGGACACAGAGAGUCAAAGGAUGCAGAAAGGGAGGAGAGGAGGGUUGAGGAGGCAGAAUCAGGAGAUUGGAGGGAGAAGGAUUGAGCAGAGGGAAGAGAUGAUAGGAUGGAAGAGGAGAGAGUAGUGGGAGAGAGAGAGCGAAGGUUGCGGCGGCGCAUUACCAUCUGUGUAGGGGCAGAGUGAGUAGUGUGGGAGGAGAGUGAGAGAGAAAAGGAAACAAAGUAGUGGUCGGAGACUUGGAGGGGAGUUGCAGUGAGAUUAGUAGAGGAGCAGCAUCUAGUGAAGAUGAGGUCAAGCGUAUUGCCUGCCUUGUGAGUAGGGGGGGACGGUGAGAGGGUGAGGUCAAAAGAGGAGAGGAGUGGAAAGAAGGAGGCAGAGAGAAAUGAGUCAAAUGUGGACAUAGGGAGGUUGAAAUCCCCCAAAACUGUGAGGGGUGAGCCAUCCUCAGGGAAGGAACUUAUCAAGGCGUCAAGCUCAUUGAUGAACUCUCCAAGGGAACCUGGAGGGCGAUAGAUGACAAGGAUAUUAAGCUUAAAUGGGCUAGUGACUGUGACAGCAUGGAAUUCAAAUGAGGAGAUAGACAGAUGGGUUAGGGGAAAAAUUGAGAAUGUCCACUUGGGAGAGAUGAGGAUUCCUGUACCACCACCCCUCUGACCAGAUGCUCUCGGGGUAUGCGAGAACACAUGGUCAGACGAGGAGAGAGCAGUAGGAGUAGCGGUGUUUUCAGUGGUGAUCCAUGUUUCCGUCAGCGCCAGGAAGUCGAGGGACUGGAGGUUGGCAUAGGCUGGGAUGAAGUCAGCUUUGUUGGCAGCAGAACGGCAGUUCCAGAGGCUGCCUGCGACCUGGAACUCCACGUGGGUGGUGCGUGCAGGGACCACCAAAUUGGAGAGGCAGCAGCCACGCGGUGUGGUGCGUUUGUGUAGCCUGUGCAGAGAGGAGAGAACAGGGAUAGGCAGAGGCAUAGUUGACAGGCUGUAGCAAAUGGCUACAAAAAGAUCUUGCGUGGAGCCCCAGAUCGAGGGAGAUUAUCAGUGGUCUUGUAUGUCUUCCAUUUCCUAAUAAUUGCUCCCACAGUUUAUUUCUUCAAACCAAGCUGCUUACCUACUGCAGAUUCAGUCUUCCCAGCCUGGUGCAGGUCUACAAUUUUGUUUCUGGUGUCCUUUGACAGCUCUUUGGUCUUGGCCAUAGUGGAGUUUGGAGUGUGACUGUUUGAGGUUGUGGACAGGUGUCUUUUAUACUGAUAACAAGUUCAAACAGGUGCCAUUAAUACAGGUAACGAGUGGAGGACAGAGGAGCCUCUUAAAGAAGAAGUUACAGGUCUGUGAGAGCCAGAAAUCUUGCUUGUUUGUAGGUGACCAAAUACUUAUUUUCCACCAUAAUUUGCAAAUUCUCAAUUUGUCUGUCAUAGUUGACGUGUACCUAUGAUGAAAAUUACAGGCCUCUCUCAUCUUUUUAAGUGGGAGAACUUGCACAAUUGGUGGCUGACUAAAUACUUUUUUUCCCCACUGUAUAGCCCAUUUGUAGAACAACUAAAGUUACAUUAAUAACUCUAAAUUAAGCAUAUAGCAGUACCUAUUUCUUUGUUAACCGCUCAACACAGAAUAGCCGCAUUUGCACACUCCCUCAAAUCGUUUGGAGAAAAUAUCCUUUCUAUUUUCUUCAGCUUUGUUCAAUUGUAUUCUUCAUACUAUAAAAUAAUGCCACGGAAUUCUAAGCAAUGAACAAGUAUAGCCCACAGCCAUAUGGCAUAGCCAGAUCAGGAACUAACAUAAGGACAACUCAGACUAUGCUAUUCUGUUCUUCUGUAAUAGACUACAUUUUCUUCAUAUCAGGUUUCUUUAGACCCGUCUAAAAUAAAUAAUGGAUUUAUUGUGAAGGUGUAGGCUAUAUUACAUGGAUUUAUUAGACUUUUUAAAAUGUAGAUGUUCCAAAGGUCUGCAUCAGUGGCUUGUAGAGACAGUAGAUAAAUGUGUUUAUAUUAAUUAACGGUCAAUUACCGUGAGUCCGACAGUUAUUUGUUUGACAAUCACCAGCUUACAACAUUUUGUGACCGCCACAGCCCUAGUUGGGGCAGUAUGCGAAUUGGAGUGGGUCUAGGGUUUCCGGGAUGAUGGUGUUGAUGUGAGCCAUGACAAGCCUUUCAAAGCACUUCAUGGCUACCGACGUGAGUGCUACGGGGCGGUAGACAUUUAUACACGUUACCUUCGCUUUCUUGGGCACAGGGACUAUGGUGGUCUGCUUGAAACAUGUAGGUAUUACAGACUCGGUCAGGGAGAGGUUGAAAACAUCAGUGAAGACACUUGCCAGUUGGUCCAUGCAUGCUCUGAGUACACGUCCUGGUAAUCCGUCUGGCCCCAUGGCGUUGUGAAUGUUGACCUGUUUAAAGGUCUUUCUCACAUCGGCUACGGAGAGCGUGAUCACACAGUCGUCCGGAACAGCUGGUGCUCUCAUGCAUGCUUCAGUGUUGCUUGUCUCGAAGCGAGCAUAAAAGGCAUUUAGCCCGUCUGGUAGGCUCGCAUCACUGGGCAGCUCGCGGCUGGGUUUCCCUUUGUAGUCCGUAAUAGUUUGACGCUCGUCGGAUGUGGCAGGGCUUGCAGAGCCGGUGUAGUAAGAUUCAAUCUUAGUCCUGUAUUGACACUUUGCCUGUUUGAUGGUUCGUCUGAGGGCGUAGCGAGAUUUCUUGUAAGCGUCCGGAUUAGGGUCCCGCUCCUUGAAAGCGGCAACUCUAGCCUUUACCUCGGUGCGGAUGUUGCCUGUAAUCCAUGGCUUCUGGUUGGGAUAUGUACGUACUAGGGCUGCACGAUAUAUCGUUUCAGCAUCGACAUUGCGAUGUAUGCAUCCGCAAUAGUAACAUCGCAGAACGUGCGAUUUAGUAAGGUAAACAUAUAUCAGUCUACAAUAUAUAUAUAUUUUUUUAUGUUAAACUAGCAUUAUAUCUGUCUGAUAUAACGUAAUUUACUUCGAUUUAUGGGUUAUUGGAUACACAGUUUAUUAUUAUUAUUAUUAUUAUUUUAAACACGGAGUUGGUUGCUGCACGUGGUUGACAUGCAGGCUCUGCUUGCGCGUGAAGAAAUGAUGAGCGAGGAACAGGCAAAAAAGACCGAAAUUGAAAAUUUGGUUGCAAAAAGAAAUGCAUCGUCAAUUAUAUGGAAAUAUUUAGGCUACAGACAGGAUGAUGUUGACCAAAAUAAUGUACUUUGUCGAGAGUGCCUUGCAAUUGUUGCCACAACACGAGGCAACACGACCAAUUUGUUCGAUCAUUUAAGGCGGCACCACAAAUCUUCAUAUGAUGAGUGCAAAGCAUCUCAAUGCCCUCCAAAGCAAAAAUAUAUUUCAGAUGCCUUUGCCAGUAUUACACCAUACGAGAAAGGUUCCAAACAGCAGAGAGAAAUCACAGAUUCAAUAACAUUUCACUUCGCCAAAGACAUGGUACCAAUUAACACGGUUACCAAAGAGGGUUUUAAAAACAUGAUCCGGUCGCUUGACAAGCGGUAUGUAAUGCCAUCACGCAACUAUUUUUCUCAAGUUGCCAUCCCAGAGUUGUACGAGAAAUGCAAGGCACAAGUUCAAACAGAGCUGUCACAAGUGGAAUAUUAUACAGCAACAACGGACUUGUGGUCCAGCCGGACAACGGAGCCCUACAUAAGUCUGACCGUACACUUUAUUAAUGAGGACUUCCACCUGAAAAGUCGCUGUUUGCAAACUGCAUUUUUCCCAGAGGAUCAUACAUACAUCCUGUAUUUUUUCAUAUCGCAAUAUAUAUCGCAGAAAAACAAAAUAUCGCGAUUGUCAGUUAUUUCCAAUAUCGUGCAACCCUAGUACGUACGGUCACUGUGGGGACGACAUCGUCGAUGCACUUAUUGAUGAAGGCGGUGACUGAGGUGGUAUACUCCUCAAUGCCAUUGGAUGAAUCCCGGAACAUAUUCCAGUCUGUGCUAGCAAAACAGUCCUGUAGCGUAGCAUCCGCUUCAUCUGACUACUUCCGUAUUGAGCGAGUCACUGGUACUUCCUGCUUUAGUUUUUGCUUGUAAGCAGGAAUCAGGAGGAUAGAAUUAUGGUCAGAUUUGCCAAAUGGAGGGCGAGCGAGAGCUUUGUAUUCGUCUCUGUGUGUGGAGUAAAGGUGGUCUAGAGUUUUUUUUCCUCUGGUUGCACAUGUGACAUGCUGGUAGAAAUUAGGUAAAAUGCAUUUAAGUUUGCCUGCAUUAAAGUCCCCGGCCACUAGGAGCGCCGCUUCUGGAUGAGCAUUUUCUUGUUUGCUUAUGGCCUUAUACAGCUCGUUGAGUGCGGUCUUAGUGCCAGCGUCGGUUUGUGGUGGUAAAUAGACGGCUACGAAAAAUAUAGAUGGUGUGGUCUUGGUAGAUGGUGUGGUCUACAGCUUAUCAUGAGGUACUCUACCUCAGGCGAGCAAUACCUCGAGACUACCUUAAUAUUAGACAUCGCGCACCAGCUUUUAUUGACAAAUAGGCGCACACCCCCACCCCUCGUCUUACCGGACGUAGUUGUUCAGUCCUGCCGAUGCACGGAAAACCCAGCGAACAAUAUUAUCCGUGUCGUGGUUCAGCCACGACUCGGUGAAACAUAAGAUAUUACAGUUUUUUAUGUCCCGUUGGUAGGAUAGUCUCGAACGGAGCUCAUCCAGUUUAUUCUCCAGUGAUUGCACGUUGGCCAAUAGAACGGAUGGUAGAGGCGUGUUACCCACUCGCCGACGAAUUCUCACAAGGCACCCUGAUCUGUAUUUCCUUAUUUUCUUCAUGCGAAUGACGGGGAUUUGGGCCUUGUCCGGGAGCAACAUUAUAUCCUUCGCGUCAGACUCAUUAAAGAAAAAAUCUUCAUCCAGUUCGAGGUGAGUAAUCGCUGUUCUGAUGUCCAGAAGCUCUUUUCGGUCAUAAGAGACAGUAGCAUCAACAUUAUGUACAAAAUAAGUUACAAACAAUGCGAAACAACACCCAAAAUAGCACAGGCAAUAUGUAUAACCUAGAAGUACCCACCCAGAUGUAACUGUCCAUCUAAGUACUUUUUAUCCCCAAACACCACAUUUUGCUUUCUGUGUGCUUCCGUCCAGAUGUUGAGGUUUAAACCAUCCAGCUGCUGUGGAAUGAGUACAGCGCUGCAGCGUUUCCCAAAAGGCAGCGCUGCGUGAGGCGGCGUGUGUGCGGUGACGUGACGCAGCAUGUUUAGGGCCAAGUUUGAGAUUAGGGUGAAGCUGACUGACUGACACGGACCGGGUCAUGUCUUUUCAUUACGAGGGGUGGAUGGAUUGGAUGAUGGGCCUCAGUACUGGGACGGUUAAGAUUAUGUGAUGUGCGUUUGCGUUUGUUAAUGUGGAAUUUGGUCAACUGGGGGUUUUCUAGGCUUUGUGUAUGUUUACGUUGGCAUGGCUGCUGUUAGACAGUGUUAUAUAAUGGCUCUAUGUGCUGUGCUGUACUGGCAGGGCUAUGCUGAUAGAGCUGACUACAGUAAUCUGCCUGACUGCCAGAGGACGUAAUGAGAUGAUUCCCUGUCUUGAACUUGGGCCUGAUUUAGAGACACAAGUCACACACUCCCUCUGCUCCCUCUGCAACACUGAUGACUAAAUAUAUUGUUAAUUUCCUCUCACUCGCUACACUACACCCAGAUGUGACGGCAGGAUAAACCAGGUGUCAUGAAAUGUUCACGUUUUGGUUGCAGACUCAAUUUAAUAAGAUGUAAAUAUGUAAAUUAACAAAAAGAAGUUUUAAAACAGUGGUUUAAUAAGACAUGCAUUUCAAGACAUGAAUUAUCUUAUUUGUCUAUGUAUUGUAUGACAACAUAAAGUUUCAGAGUCAAAAUUCACUUCUCUCUUUGCAGCUUAGAUGAGAACGCUGGUUGUGGUAAUCUGUCAUUUGUGUGACACACACAUACACACAGAGGGACACACACAUGCACGCACGCCACAGAAAGGGGCCAUGUUGUGUGGCUGUGCACUCUAAUCCCCUCUAACAAGAGAAUGGUACAGUCCAGUAAUCCUCUCUCUGUUGCCGUGGUAGCGGUGAGAGGGUUUUGGAUGGUAGGUAACGGUAAGACUCCAGCCGACUCUCCUACCAAACACUUUCCUAGCCGCUCACCCGCCUCGCCCUGCCUUGCCCCUGCUCUGGAUAAUUGGGGGCCGGGGAUAGCCUUGACGUUGCAACAGAUCACUGGAGAGGGGUAGGUUGUAUUUGGUGGGGGUGUGUGAGGGUGUGUGUUGGUGUCUUUAGGUCCCAGUGGCUCUGUGUUUGUGGUUAACCUUGUGGUAUACCCCAUAGGUACUGUAGGACUGUGGCUAGGCUUGACAGGACAAUGUCAGGAUAAAUAAUCAGACAUUUCUAGCAGUUUGCAGAAUAAUCGUCAAAGUGCAAUAUGGUUAAGGUUUAGGAAAUCCAGAUAUUUUGUGUUGUUAUAAGUCUUUGAAACAGGCAAGUGAAAAUGUCAUCAGAGGAAAAGAUUACCAUAGCCCGCUGCCUGUAGCUUCAGCUUGGCUGCUCUGUCGGCGUUCCCUGUUCUCUAUGUUAUUAUUGCACAUGACGAGUCCCAAGUAAGUGGAUUUCUUCUGCAGAUCUGAUAUCGCUGUUGCGUUUCAAUAUGCAUUUCACUAAAUCCCACAUUGUAACUCCAACCUCGGUUUACACUGGUGCCAUAACACUCGCCUGCAAAGCGAGGGGCAUGAGCCAAGAGCCGAGGCCUACUAGUGGAGUCACAGUGACGCCUUUCUCUAAAACCUGUUUUGGAACUGUCAGUCAGUCAGAUAUUUCAGAUCCCAGAUGUGGGAAUUUAGACAGCAGCUAGCAGCAUAUCGUCCGUGACUUACCGACCGCCAGGCCAGAAUAGUGGACAUAGCAGCAUUAUGAUAGCAGUAUGGCAUCGAUGAUGAUACGUAGCUGAUUUAAAACAGAAAACCAAACCAGCAGCCAGGCCAAUCCAAUCCAUUAAGGUGCUUUUAAAAAGAAGUGAUCCAGUUACCUGUUUCAGUAGUCCUCCACAGGGAUUACACCAAUGUGCUUAUUGUGUCCUAUCCAGGCCCAGGUCUCUGCUGACUGAAUGGGAUGUGACACUGCUGCUGUAAGCACGGACCUGGCCUAUAGUACCUAAGCCUAGAGUAUACAUCUAUGGUAUGUGUAGGGGGACAGUAUGUGCUUUAGUAAGCAUGGACCUGGCCUUCUAUACUCUACCUGUAGUAUGCAUAGGAUAAACAUAUAUUAUGUGUAAAGAAAGUGUAAACAAACGUUCUUCAGCCCAGGUGCUCAACUGAGGUACUUGAAAAUCAAAUAAAAACAUUCCUCACCUCAGGACACUUCAAUGGGUGAAUAUCAAGGAAAAUAAAGAAAAAACACUGUUUCUGCAUAGAUCUGAUUAUUCAUUUAUGGGACAUACAAACAGGACUGUCUGUAGUAUAUGCGUAAUAUUAUGCAUAGUAUUGGCUUUAUUAGUUACCAAUGUGCUUAUGGCAUCCAGGACCAGGCCUGA